AUGGGGCGUGCCCCUUCCCCCGGAACCGCCGUUGGUACACUCAUUCGUUCCUGGAGAGUGCUUCAACAAACAUCGAGUCCUAGUAGUUCCACGCCCGUCCGGCAGAUGUCUCGGCAUCCCCUUCGCGGCGCCCGGCCGGCGCGAACCAAGCGCCGGAGGAUGCUGCUGUCUGCGGAGUGGCUUCACGGUGCGGCAUCGCGUCACGCUCGUGCGCGUGUGUCGUGAGCGAUUACGUGUCCGCGUCAUGUGAGUGUGCGUCGUCGUCCUCCUCCGCCGCCGCCACCAUUGUCACCGCCUGAGCGCCGCGUGUCCCGGGAGCCGCCGCCCUAAGAGCGAGGGCCGGGCCGGGCCGGGCCAGGAGCAGCAGCAGCCAGAGG